CAGUCCGUUACGGGGAAAGCAAGCAGCGUGGCACAGCGAUUCAACGCGCCCGAGUUUCAUCCUAGAUCUAUACAUCUCAUACCCAGAGUUCCAUGCGGCCAGUGAUGACGUGUUAAGUCAUCGUCGACGUAACAGUACCCUAGAUCAACAAUGGCGGUUGCGGGUGGCUGUGUGCAGAAGAAUUUGGCCAAUACGCUUAUAAUUCUCGGACUUUUCGUUUUAAGUUUUGGAAUGAAUAUUCCCAACACAAAGAACGAUGGCAGCAGAGAAGUCGUCAGAGAUGUCGUAUUUACAUUUCGUCAUAGUAAGGACUUAUUUGUUGGCCAAGAUUUUGAUAUGACCCUUCGAUUGGAGAAUCACAGCACUUCAAAGAGAACUCUUCCGAUAAUUAUGGCCGCACGGACAAAGAAUGACAACGGUGUGCCUACAACUCUCAUCAAAGAACAGGAAAUGGAUGUAAUGGUCAAGCCCAAGAGCAUUGUGCUGAUCAAAAUGAAAGUUAAAGCUGAGGACUAUGAAGACAAGCUGAAUGAUCAACGCUGGCUGGAAGUUACAUGUAUGGCAACAGUAAUUGAGACAGGGCAGAUCUUUACCAAGGUGUCUGACUUAGAACUUCGUAAACCUUAAGCAAGGACGUUAUGAUAUGUCUGUGUAUUGAACAGAACAGAAUUUAUUCAGUAUAAGGUCCUUGUGGCCAAGAGUACAAUAAAGUUAAGUACACAUAAAUACAUUUCAGUAUCACGUGACAGUAACGUUAAGCGUGAAUUACAUAUAUUUCUAAAACAUAUGGCUAUAUUUUUAAUAAUUUUGACAUUUUUGGUACUUAGAAGACUAUACAUAUUUAGAUGAGAUGGAAUAUAUUUGUACGAAUAGCUGAAUAUUUCUCACAGUCAAACAAAACAUGAAAUUCAUCUUCUUAUGCCCUGAUAUUACAGAAUUUACAAAACAAAUUAUUGGGUAUUCAGUAUAAAAAUGGGUAUUAUGAUCCUUUGACAAGGUGUUUCAACUUUGUGGUUCCAUUAUACAUGACCAGAUCGGUAAACAGGUGGCAUGGGUUUAUAUCAAAUCUAAU